AUGUGCUACUUUGAGCAAACCCGCUGGGCAUGCGGCUACUGGCGCUGGGGCCAUUUCCGACAGCAGUGCAACAAGGAGUACCGAAUGGGCGAGACGUGCGGUCUCAAGCUCGUCUACGAGACCAAGACGGAGCCCGAUGUGUGUAAGCUCUGUCACGACACGGAGAAGAAGCAGCGCCGGUACGACAAGAUGUACCGGGACGUCCAGCGCUGGCAGCGCGAGGGCAACCGAAGUGCCACCAUUGAGCGGACGUGCGGCGAGAUGCAUGAUGUGAUGGGCCAGAUCUAUCGGAUGAGAGAGGAGCACGAUCACAGGCUACAAUCUCUGGGCCAGUAA